UAGCCUGCAAGCGGCGGCCAUAGCCGUGAGCGCGUGUGUUUUUGUAUUUGCAUCUCGCGGUGGGCCGGGCGAAUGCCAAGAUGGCGGCAGCCGUGUCUGUCGAACGCGCUUUAAUCGUACGCUCGGCCUAGGCCGCGCGAAUGUCACUGCAACCACAGCCGUACGGUAAACUCUAAACGUCGUUCGUCUCGCAGCUCGAGCAAUCCACUGGCCGAGAAGUUGUCACUGAGUGAUGCAGCGUGUCUGACGAGGCACUGGCCAGAGGUUGCUCCCCGCAGCAAGGGGAAAAAAAAAAAAGAAGUUGCCGUGUUCCGUGCGUCCUGUCACUCCAGUUAGCAUCUACCGACCGCGUACGGCGAGGACGAUCGCUCGCCCGUUGAGGGCUCCUGUCCAGAGACGCACUCCGUUCACCUUGGCUCUCCGAUAAUCUAGAAGGUUACGAAAGGAUCUGCUGACAUGUCAAACAAAAGGGAUAAGGAUGCAAUAAACGAGGAUAGUAGCAGCGAUGAAGAUGAAGAUCCCGACAACAUGGGUGUACCUGGUGGUGGAAAAGACCUUGCCACUGCCACAGGGAUUGCAAAUAUUAAGGAUGAAAAGCCUGCAGAUGCUCCAUCUAAUGCUAUGGCUAAAGGGCAGGGAGGUUUAAACAUGAUGAACCAGAAGAUUGGAAACAAAAUUCCUGGUGGAUUAGUGACUAAAACAGCGGCACCAGGUUAUGAAAUGGUACGUGUAGGAGGAUCACAGGGUACGCCACCUGGUUUUGUUAAUGCAAACCAUUUAGGACAAUUAGGCCAGUUGGCUGCUGCCGGUGGACCAUAUUUUCCACCAGGUUUGGCAACUCUUGCAGGUUUUAAUCCUGCGGCCUUCUUUCCACCAAGUAUGGAUAUGAGCUUAAUGAGCGGUUUUAUGGGCAUGCCAGGAAUGAACAUGGGAGUCAAUCCACUAGUUCAGUUGUUAAACCAAAAUGGUUUAAAUCCAAACUGGCCAGCUGGUCUAUCAGGCAAAGCUGUGUCUCAAUUAUGGAUGAAUGCUGGAGAUCCUGCGAAGAUGAACAUGCAACCAAAUAUACCAGAAGAGGAAGAAGUGGAUGACGAUGAUAUGGGUGUCGCGGAAACGUACGCCGAUUACAUGCCAACCAAACUUAAGCUUGGUCGAAAACACCCGGAUCCUGUCGUGGAAACUGCAUCGUUGUCUAGCGUCGAGCCAACGGAUGUUUGGUACAAGGUUUCGAUACCAGAAGAAACGAUACGAACUGGAGCUUUGUCUGCGUUGCAACUUGAGUCAAUAACGUACGCAUCUCAGCAACACGAACACCUCUUGCCGGACGGUACACGCGCUGGUUUCCUUAUCGGUGAUGGUGCAGGAGUCGGCAAAGGACGAACCAUAGCCGGAAUUAUAUUCGAGAAUUAUUUGAAGGGAAGAAAACGCGCUAUCUGGGUCUCCGUAUCCAAUGAUCUCAAGUAUGACGCAGAGCGCGAUUUGAACGAUAUUGGCGCGUCGAAAAUUGAGGUUCAUGCGUUGAAUAAAUUCAAGUACGCGAAGAUCUCGUCGGCGCAGAACGGCAACGUGAAGAAAGGAGUGAUAUUCAGUACGUAUUCGGCUCUAAUCGGAGAAUCCUCGCAGAGUGGUGGAAAAUACAAGAGUCGGUUGAAGCAGCUUUUGCAGUGGUGCGGCGAAGAUUUCGAUGGACUGAUUAUAUUCGACGAGUGUCAUCGGGCGAAGAAUUUGUGCCCUACAGGAAGCUCAAAGCCCACCAAAACUGGUUUGACAGUAUUGGAGUUACAGAACAAGCUUCCCAAAGCUAGAGUCGUUUACGCUAGUGCCACGGGUGCGUCUGAGCCACGUAAUAUGGCGUAUAUGGUCCGAUUAGGCAUGUGGGGCGAAGGAACGCCGUUCCCCGAAUUCAACGAUUUCAUCACCGCCGUGGAGAAGCGGGGAGUCGGCGCAAUGGAGAUCGUAGCGAUGGACAUGAAGCUACGAGGCAUGUACAUUGCGCGACAGCUGAGCUUUCACGGCGUAGCUUUCAAAAUAGAGGAAGUACCGUUAUCCAAAGACUUCACCGAGAUCUACGAUUGUUCCGUACAACUUUGGGUCGAGGCAAUGCAAAGAUUUCAAGAGGCGGCGGAGUUGUUGGACGCUGAGAAUCGUAUGAAGAAAACCAUGUGGGGGCAAUUCUGGUCGUCUCAUCAGCGUUUCUUCAAGUACCUUUGUAUCGCGGCCAAGGUGAAACACGCCGUGGCAGUCGCGCGGGAGGCCGUGAAGUGCGGGAAAUGCGUGGUCAUCGGUCUACAAUCUACCGGCGAGGCACGCACGUUAGAACAGUUGGAACGCGACGACGGUGAAUUGAGCGAUUUCGUUUCCACUGCGAAAGGAGUGCUUCAGACGUUGGUCGAGAAGCACUUUCCAGCGUCGGAUCGCAAUCACAUACACCGGGUUCUCGGCAUCGAACCGUCGAAGAUGCAGAGACUGGAGGAUCUCGACGACGUCGACGGUGCCGGUGGUUCUGCGAGUGGAAGCAAGAGGAAACCGAUACGACAGGCUGCUCAACGAGCCUCGAAGAGAGUUCGUACGUUUCCGUCUGAUGACGAUUUCACCGACGACGAGAGAAACGGUGGUGGGCAUAGCUCCGGCUCGGAAUACAAACAGAGCGGUAGCGAGAGCGAGGAUGACCACAGGACCGAUGAAGAGAGUAACAUCACCUCUGAUUCUUCCUACAAUUACAGCGAAUCAGACUCUGAUUCGGGCGACGGGAGGCGAAGGAAAAAGGGCGCUAAGAAGCAAAAGAAACCAGUGAAAAAACGAACUGGACCUACGGGCGCUGGAGCAACGCGCAAUCGUGCGCCAUCGAGAGACGCCAUAGAGCGUGCUUACACCAUGAAGAAGGAGUUGCUAUCACAAAUCGAGGAUUUAGGGGACCGAUUGCCACCGAAUACUUUGGAUCAACUGAUCGACGAGUUUGGCGGGCCGGAAAAUGUGGCUGAGAUGACCGGUAGAAAAGGGCGUGUAGUUCAGACCGAAGAUGGUACUAUUCAGUAUGAAUCCAGGUCUGAGGUGGACGUUCCAUUAGAAACGCUUAAUUUGACCGAAAAACAGAGGUUUAUGGAUGGUGAGAAAACGGUGGCCAUUAUCUCGGAAGCAGCCAGCAGUGGUAUAUCACUGCAGAGCGAUAGACGAGCGAGGAACCAGAUGCGAAGAGUGCACAUCACUUUGGAAUUACCGUGGAGCGCGGACAGAGCGAUACAGCAGUUCGGACGGACGCAUCGUUCCAAUCAAGUGAAUGCCCCGGAGUAUAUAUUUCUCAUCUCAGAUUUGGCUGGCGAACGACGAUUCGCGUCCAUCGUUGCGAAACGUUUGGAGAGUCUUGGAGCCCUGACGCACGGUGAUCGAAGGGCCACAGAAACCAGGGAUUUCUCCCAGUUCAAUAUCGACAACAAAUACGGACGUGCAGCGCUCGAGGCGACAAUGAGAACUAUAAUGAAGUACGAACCACCGCUGGUACCACCGCCGCAGGACUAUCACGGAGACUUCUUCAAAGAUGUGGCUGACGCAUUGGUUGGCGUUGGUUUGAUUUGCAACAGCGAGAGCACGCCCGGCUUGCUCACGUUGGACAAAGACUACAACAACAUGUCGAAGUUCUUGAAUCGUAUUCUUGGUAUGCCGGUCGAUCUACAAAAUCGGCUGUUCAAAUACUUCACCGACACCCUGACGGCGAUUGUCACGCAAGCGAAGAAAACCGGCCGUUUCGACAUGGGUAUCCUCGAUCUUGGCACGUCUGGAGAGAACGUGAAGAGGGUUAGGCUGUAUCGUUUCCUGCGAAAGCAUGCCACCGGAAAGGCGCCGACCGAGCUUCACGUUGUCCACGUUGAACGUGGAAUGAAUUGGGCAGAGGCAAUGGACAAGUGCUCCGAAUUAACGGGGUCGAAAGAGGGAUUCUACUUGAGCCAUCAAAUCCGCAAUGGGAAACAAACCGCGAUCCUUGCUGUUGCGGUAGAUACCGGGAAGAAGAAAUCCGAGAGUAAAAAGGAUCAGCUAUAUAUGGUUUACAGACCCAAUACAGGUUUACAAUUGAGACAAGAGUCUCUGGGUGAAUUGGAGAAAAAGUAUAAGAAGGUGUCUUCGGACGAAGCGGAGCCACACUGGUCUCAACAAUACGAAGCGUCUGUAGAUACGUGUUCGCACGCUUACUGGCGCGGCAAUUGUAAAAACGCGACUCUUGGUAUGGAUUGCGAAGUUGGGCUCCGAAGGCGUUCCUACAACGUAUUGUCAGGUUCGGUACUGAGCGUUUGGAGCCGAGUCGAAAGCAUUCUUGCAACUCGUUCUGCACACAACUCCAAGAUGCAAGUCGUACGUUUGCGAACUGAUGAAGGUUUAAAAAUAGUCGGUACUCUUAUUCCAAAAUCCUGUAUGGAGAUAUUACGUCAAGAAUUGUCAUCAGAUGCCGAGAAUACCGAAGAACUUACAUUUUGAACAAUUCGUUAAUUCGCUUUUAUAGGACCAAAAGAAGCGAUUGAUGUGAAUAUAGCGUGGAUAAAUCCCUCUUCUUAAGUCUUACGACGAAAUUCAGUAAAGAAGAGGGUGCACUUGCGAAUAUAUGGCAAAGGCGUAAAUUAAUUAAGUCAGUUGAUAAGGAUGUACCAGGUAGAUAACGAAAGUUGGAAUUUAUGAACUCCCCCCUGGUUUGGUAACGACGAGAGUGAAACGAACGUGUGACAUGAACAAUUUCCAACCUGCGAAUUGCACGAGAGUCGAACUUAUCUUUUCGUUAGGUUUUCGACAGGUUGUUUACGUCAGAUGUUCUGACCAGGUAUACUUUUCUCGCCUGUUGCAUCUCGAAGGAUUAUUAACUAGCUAGAGUAUUUCUUUUUCUUCUUUCUAAUUUUAGUCGUAGACUGCGCUCGCGUUUAACCGGGCGUUUAGUGGAAACGAAUAUCUUUUUCUACUUUCCAUUUGUCUUCUUUUCACGCUGGAUAAAAGAAAAAAAUUAAAUAUAUAUAUAUGUAUCUCAAAUCCAUAAUAGUUACACACGAAGUACAUUUGCUAUUAUAACUCCUUUUAUGCCAGACAUAUUACAUUGUUUUGUAAAAUACGUCGGUGCACAUAGAGCGAUGAUUUCUUUUCUUCUUUCCUGCGACUGCGUUGCGUUGUAGAUGAGUUUUAACCGAUAUAAGGGAUAGCUUUACGUUUGCGUCUAUUACGAAAACAAAGCAAAAAAUGAAAAACAAAAAAAAAAAAGAAAAAGAAACCGAUAUCGAGUUUUUAUGUGGAGGCGUAAGAUUAUAAACUAUAUAACGAUGCGUAUGACUUAAGAAGCCGUAUCUUAUGCUAAUCAUAUCUCAAAGAACAAAUUGGUGAGGAUCGAUCGUUAGUUAAAAUCCUAGUUAGGCGAAGGUUUUCUUACUUGCAUAUAUAUCGCGACUGAUUAAUGGAAAAACUACACUAUUGGAAAAGUAAGGAAAACCUGACAGAAAUGAUAUACAAGUAGCGUUAGAGGUAAAUACACGUAUAAGAGUGACAGUGCAACAAAUAGUCGAUUCUCGCUGGAAUAUACACAGAUGUAUACGCAACUGUUCCAAUUCUUUUGUUUGAUCGUUAAACUGAUCGGAUAGUUAAUUAAUGACCAUUACUACUGCUAUCAUUAACCCUAUCGCCGGAAGUAGACAUUCCCAAUGCUGCGUCUCGCUCUGAGAGUAGUUUCCUUCAAGAUAAAAAUGAUAAUUGAAAUCAAGCGACUUCAGUCUUCAACUUUUAAUUAUUUAUCGAAAGUUAAGUCGAAACAACAGUGUAAUUGUUGCUAGCACAAUAUUAUAUAAUGCAAAUUAUAUAAUAUUCAUUUCGUGCAUUCGUCUGGCCGCGAAAGGGUUAAUAUUAUUACAUUAUGCUACUAUUAUUAGUAUUAGUACUCCAAUUGCAGAACAAUUAUUACUAUUACAAGGGAAUCGGGAGACGAGGUAGAGUAAACGGGAGUUCGACUUUGUAAAUUUUUGCGUUGAAAACUAACGUUCGUUAACUUGUGAAACGAGUGCCAAGGUAGUGUGUGAUUCUCGUUCGUUACUGCAAAAA